CAGCUGCACACCCACAACAAAAAUCGAUCCGAAUCAAACAAUGGGUAUAUUGAGCAGCCUCCGACAUCACACACUUACAUGCGAAUAGAUUCCGAUAUUGAAUUGAAUUUUAUCGAUACGACAAACGUAUUGUGCGUUUGCACUGUGUUCAAAUCCUGUUUUUCCCAUAGCUUCAUGCAGUGAAACGGAUAAUAAAUUCCGCCUGAUUUUCACAACUAAGGACUUGCACCACUCGGAAAUUCAGUAAGUUGAAAUCAAACGUGAUUAAUGAGAAACUCUUGCUCUGCAAUACACACCGACGUCUGCUCUAAUUGAUGUAACCGACUUGUCAUCGCUUGUUCUGCAUGCAUGCGCGACAUCACCGGAGGACGUAAAGAGUACGCCACAAACCAACAAGUAGGAGACAUCUACAACUGCAGCAGGUGAGCUAUGGGUCUCCCGUGCCUACGACUAUCACUCCGGGUCGCAUCAUUGACGGUGUUCAUCUGUGGCCUCGUGGUUCUAACCGUCCUCAAUCUGGGAUGGUACAUGCGGAGAUACUCUCAACAUGGUAUACCAAGCUCCUUGGGCAGGAAUGCCGAAUCCCUGAGUCAACUCAUCGGGGAACUGAACGGGACAAAUGAUGUGAGUGCAUCAUAUCUAAACGAUCAGCUCCACAACCCGCAAAGUAUCCUUGACAGUAGCCUGGAUCGAGAGAUGAAGAGGCGACUGGCACUCAUAGAUGCCGCCUGCACGCGGCGCAAGGUAUCUCGCCAGGCUAAGCGCUACAAUGCACAGUUCUUCGACCAUCUCUUGGUCCUAGACCCCUACAAGCUCCUGUUCAAUUUCAUCCCUAAAGUGUCCUGCACCACCUGGAAGAAGCUCCUAGGUGAGUUGAUGGUCAGAGCCAACGCCACGGAACACUUCACCACCCUGAAUAAAUACACGACCGAGGAGAGAAACUGGCGGCUAGACACAUACAAGAAGGCCGUGUUCGUCCGAGAGCCACUCUCCCGCUUGCUGUCUGCCUGGAUGGAUAAAUUCCGUGACAACCCAAAGGAUAAGAAGAGAUGGGAGAAGUACUUCGGCAAGCAAAUCGUGAAGCGGUAUCGGCAAGGCGUCCAUGAUGCCAGCGGACGGUCUCUCCGGUGGCUAAACGUUACCUUCACGGAGUUUUCGCAAUUCGUGGCACGGUACGGUCCACAAUGUGAAAUCGACGCCAUCUCAGACCACUUUGUACCGCAGAAUGAGAUCUGCAACCCCUGUCAGUUAAAUUACCACUUCAUCGGACACUUCGAGAACUUGGCGGUGGAAGGGCCGUAUUUUCUUCGUUGGAUCUCAGCCGACCAUCUGGUUAGUUUCCCCCGGUUCCAUCCCUCGGCUGCUAGUCGCUCCUUCAAGGAGGAGAUAGCACGUGUGCCGAUAAAGGCAUUAGACGGCCUAGCAAAGCUCUACAAAAGAGACUACGAAAUGUUCGGAUAUUCCUUUGAGAACACGCUGGAUAUACUUGUAAAUGAUUAGACAUUUCAACAAGGCUGAACAUCUAACCAUCGCACAGUUCUGGGACACAUUAAUGUACAAUUUGGAACCUCAAUGUAACCCUUGAAAGACAAGAUACAAGCACACAAGUUGUUUCUUUUCAGUUUGCACCAUAUCACUAAGUAAGCCCAUCACUAGUCAGUGGGUUUGUCAAAAUUCAUCUCCUAUACGCCAUUUCGAUCGGGUGCAAUCUUGUGUUUUAAGAUUUCAGGGACUAUUAACGAAACACUGAAGAACCUGUCAUUUUACCAUCCCAGAAGAGUGUUUUCGGGGCCC